UCAAUCCUUGUUGUGUUUUCAAUCUGCACAACAUGACGGGAUAACCUAAAAUAAUGUAAAGAAUUUGCAUAUUUUAGCAUCAAAGAGAAUUUAAAUACUAGCCAAAAUGACGGAAGCUCAAGUAGGAUUCUUGUAUAAAAUAGCAGCGGCUGUGUCUCGAUCGGACAACGACAAAACGAAUACAGUACUAAAAAGUUAUUACUUAAUGCGUUGUAAUGAAUUAACUAGAGGUUUCGGCCUUCCUGACAAACACUUUUCUUCAGCUGUAAGAUGUCCAAAGUGUUGUAUUGAGUGGAAAAACAACACAGAAGUAAAAGUAAAGUCUAUCGAAUUAAGUAAAAGACAAAAACAAAGAUUAAACUGUCGUAAAGUAAAAGAAAAUAAGAAAGCAUAUAUAAGACGAAAGAAGGAUUUAUUACACAGUAACCAAGUAGAGCAAAUCUGCACAUUCUGUAAUAAAAGUACUGUUACUAACUCAAUCAAGCCACAAAAGAUAACAACAAUACCUCAACCCACUGAACCAAAUACUGAAGAAAAUGCCAACAUUAAAAAAGUAGAAGAAACUCCAAAAAAACAAAAGCUUUCUUCUAAGGCUUAUCAUGAAAAAAAUAAAGAGGAUAACCAAAAGGGAUUUAAUGUUUAUGCUAACGCUUUAGAUGUAUUUUCAUUGCAAAACAAAAAUAACUCUUUAGUAACAAAGGAAAAGCCUAAAGUAAUCAACAACAAUAAAAAGAAAAAAGAUAAGUUUGCUGGUCUAUGCCAAAAAGCAGUUUUAGCUUCAGCAAAACUAAAAGGGAAAGAAGACAAGAAAAACAAACUCAACUUGUUUUUAAAACCAUCUUUGUAA